UAAUGAUAAGCUGGCAUUUACUAUGCAGACUGGUGUUGGAAGAAGUGUGUGUAUUUUUUUAACUAAACGACAAUGCUUGGCCUGUUUGAUGUCAUUAAAGACAAAUUUAAGCCAAAAUUAAACGCUAUAACUAUAGAUAAUUGGGUAUUUAAACUCCAUUAUCGUGUGACAACUUUACUUUUCUUCAUUGCUACGAUUUUAGUGACUUUUAGGGAGUAUAUAGGUGAACACAUCAAAUGUAUCAAUGAUAUGCCAAAAGCAGGGUUUGAUAGAGUCAUUGAGACGUUUUGUUUCUUCUCAACUACUUUCACUGUGAUAGACGAUUUCAAUACUGAUAAAUGGAAAUAUGGCCCUUUAGCUCACCCUGGUGUAGCCCCCUAUGGAAUCGGUUCCAAACAACCCAUCCGAAAACAUUCUUACUACCAAUGGGUGCCUUUUGUCUUAUUCGGACAAGGAAUAAUGUUUUAUUUGACUCACCUCCUUUGGAAAAUUAUGGAAGACAACACGAUUGAAAAACUAGUUUCAGGGUUAAAUUGUACCAAACUAGCCCUACUUAAUAAAGAAAGUGAUGAAAUCGAUCGCAAAGACAAAAAAGUUCGGAUUAAAAGAAUCAAAAAUAUUUUCUUGAAACGUCUCAAAAUCACCAAAUCGUGGACUUGGUGGUUUGUUUUCUGCGAACUUCUCAAUGUUGCCAACGUUAUUUUGCAGAUUUAUAUCACACAGAAAUUUCUUGGUGACCAGUUUUAUACUUUGGGGACUAGAAUCGUGGCUGAGGGUUCCAAAAUUUUGGACGAGGUUUUCCCAAAAGUCACUAAAUGCUCGUUUUACACUUACGGACCUUCAGGAUCAAUCCAAAUCCAUGAUGCUCUUUGUAUCAUGGCUUUAAACAUUGUCAAUGAGAAAAUUUUUGUGUUUCUGUGGUUUUGGUACAUUUUGCUUUUCAUAGCUUCGUGUUUGGUGAUAAUUUGGAGAUUUUUUACUGUUAUUUUUUACAAAAAAUGUAUGACUUUUAACCAGUUUAUUUUCGGACAUGGCAAAUUGCAUUAUUGGAAUUUGAAUUUGGUGGUGAAACAGUGCAGUUAUCACGAUUGGUUGCUGUUAAAAUAUUUGGCGAAAAAUAUAGACGGACUUGUGUUCAGAGAGUUGUUCAUGGACAUUUCCGAGGAACUAGAAGAACGGAAACCUUUGUUUAUGUUGGCGCAAAGUGAUAAGGGAAACGAUAUGACCAAGUUUGACUAAAAUAUUUUAUUGUAUUAUUUUUUAUAUUUUUUUAAUAAAUUUAUUUAACAACAAAUAUUUUUCUAAUGCAAAGUUAUCUGACGACUUAAAACUUGGUUUAAAUAAAAAAAAAUUUUAUUAUUCAUAUUCGUUUUUGUU